AUGAGUCGUUCAUCCACGACAAUACUAUCAUCACCAACCAUGACUGGUCAGAGGACAUGGUUCCGAGAGGAUCAAUCUGGUAAUAAUAUUGAGUUAUUGAACCAAGAUCAAACGGUUGCUGGUAAUUCUUCUUUCACGCUUGUUUCUUAUAAUAUUCUUGCUCAACUCUAUGCAAAACAUUUACAAGUUUCGGAUCCUAAAAUUUGUGAUUGGGAGCAACGGAAAGAGAGGUUAUAUCAAGAAUUGAUGAGUUAUCAAGCAGAUAUUAUUUGUCUUCAAGAGAUGGAUUUGUAUCGGAAAUAUUGGCAAUCCAUGAUGAAAGAUGAAGGCUUUGAUUCAAGUUAUGUCGAAAAAACUGGUAAGAGAAAUGGUUGUGGAACUUUUUGGAAACGAGAUCGGUUUGAACAAGUAAAUGUAUUAGAAUUGCAUUUGGAGGAAUUGGAAAAUUAUAUUGAAAAAGAAGAAUUGGGAAAUGAAAAGAGAUUCGCGAGGAGAGAUGCUGCCAAUUUGACCUUAUUGAAGGAUUUACAGACUGGAAAAUUGUUAUUAAUUGUGAAUAAUCAUUUGGCGUGGGACCCAGCGUAUCCAGAAGUGAAAUUGUGUCAAAUGUUUUAUAUUUUACAAGUUGCACAUCAAUGGUUGAAAAAGGUGUGCCAAAAACAAGGUCAACACCACAACAGCAUUAAUGACAUCAAUUCAGUUGUAUCUGUGAUUUUAUGUGGAGAUUAUAAUUCUCUUCCGGACAGUGAGGUCUAUGAUUUGAUCACAAAAGGAAGAGCCCAAAUUCCAGGAAAGGAAAUCAAAUUUAACAAAAAUAGUGAGCUAGUUUGUGAUGGUGUGGAAAAUGUGAAAUCUUCAACACACUCAUCACAUCACAGCCACUCUUCCAAACAAUAUCUGCUAAAUCCUUUCACACCAGCAAAGAGUGCAUAUUUUGAAAUUUAUGGAAAGGAGCCUAAAUUUACAAACUACACGAGCACUUUUUAUGGAACUUUGGAUUAUGUGUUUACGUUUAAUUUUGAUUGGAAACAUGGCCUCAAUACUGAGAUAUCUCUGAAGCACAUUGAAAAUGAGGAUCAAUUGAAGCAACAACAUGCUCCGCAGCAACUUCAAGUCACUGAUGUUUUGGGAGAAAUUUCAUUAGAACAAGCUCAAGAAUUUUCAUUCAUACCUUCAUUGAUAUUUCCCUCAGAUCAUAUUGCUCACUGUGUGAAGUUUUCAUGGAUUUCACAUAAUUUUUAA